AUGGGAGCCUCUUCGAAGGAUAGGAGCUCUGUCACCCUGCCGGCGAGCUGCGACGAGCUCAAUAAGCACUUCGUGGGCCUGGGCUGCAGCGUGCCGCUGACUGAUGCCCGUCCAUUUGCGCAAAUUCCACCUGACGACCGCUUUUAUUUUGUUCACGUCUCACCAGAAAGUGUCUUGAGGGCAAUUAACUCGGCGAAGUCAAACGCAAUCGGGUCCGAUGAUGUCCCUGUUCGCUACUUGAAGCACUGCCUUCUAACGAUACUGCAUGUACUGACCCACAUCUUUGACUGCUCGCUGCAAUCUUGCAGGUUUCCUGAAGCGUGGAAGCUGGCUCUCGUUCGUGCUAUACCUAAGCGUAAGCUGCCUACCGAGAUGAGCCAUUUACGGCCUAUUAGUAUACUCUCAGCUGCUUAA